UAUCAAAUUCGCCCACCAAAUCUCUCUUCCAGUAUAAAAUUUGGGUUUCUGAGCUGUGAUCUAAAAAACCACAUGGCAAGCUUGCCCACUUGGCUUUUCUUAAUCAAAUUCCUCCAAUAGAUGACAUGAUAAAAUGGUAAAAGGCAAAAAAAAGUCUGGUGUCUGUCUUUUUUGCAUAUGAUCAGUUUGCAGUGAUGGAGAAAGUUGAAGCUCUCGAUCUUUUAGAGGAGUCAUGGUUUUUUGAGAACUUUUUCGAUAGGAGGAGAAGGAUGUUGAGAUGUUAUUCAGAUCCUUGUACUUCAUCGAAUUUCAGACAAGAAGUUUUGUCUAAAGAUUCGUGUCGUGAUGAAAGCCGUAAUUGUUUGGUCCGUGCACCUUCGUUGCCGCCAUGUAUUGGGAGGGAAGAAAAGGUUCAAGAAAGGAAGAGCAAUGGUGGGAAGAAGAUCACAUUGAAUAGGCAAUUAUCUCUUCAAGCUUCGAAAACGACGUGUUCCGAUGGGAAGAUCAAAUCGAGCGGCGAAUCGUCGUCGUCGUCAAGACGUAAUUUGAUAAGGACACCUUCUUUGCCUUCUUCAAUGGGACUAAUGAGUUAACUGGAUAAUGACAAUGAUCAUAGAAUGAGCAAAUUGAUCCGACAAGCAAUGGCUAACUCACCAGACCUCUUGCCCCCAAGGCACAGUCAUAAUAAGGCAAUGAUCUUCCAAAGGUCUAGUAGGCUACCAAGGAACCAAGAAGUGGAAGCCAUUAACAACACCAAUGAGGCUCCGGUCGCAAGAGGCCGACAUUCGAAUCCGAAGAGGAUGCUGCAGAAAAGCCAUAGUGAUCUCGCCUUCCAAGAACUGCAAGGGUUCAAGGAUUUAGGAUUCACGUUCGACAAUGAAGAUUUGAGUCCCGAUGUUCUGAAUAUACUCCCAGGCUUGCAGGGAAGUAAGAUAGACGAGUCGAAACAAGCGAGGAGGCCGUAUUUAUCCGAGGUAUGGCAUGUACAACGCCCAGCACCUCCUCUUCCUGCUCGUGUAUCGAAGAAUUCAGCAGAGGAUAUGAAAGCACAGAUCAAGUUUUGGGCCAGAGCAGUGGCAACUAAUGUUCGACAAGAAUGCUGAGAAUUCAUUACUAAUCAAGUUAUUACUACAUUUUGUCACGUCUAAAACGAGUUUAACAUGUAAAAUAAAACUUCAUUAAAACUCUGGUCCAAUGGCAGUCAUAGAUUAUUGUGCCAAGGAA